AUGACAAGAACAUGCAAAUGGACAGUUCACGAAGCAAAGUCAAACCCAAAGUAUUUCACCCAUAACGGUAACUUUGGUGAAUCUCCAAAUCACGUCAAGAGAGGAGGUUACGGGAAAGGCAACUGGGGCAAACCAGGUGACGAAAUCAACGAUUUAAUUGAUUCUGGCGAAAUCAAGACUCUCUUCAACAAGAACAGACGGGGUUCUAAUUCGCAGAACAAUGAGAGAAGACUUUCUGACUUGCAACAAUAUCAUAUCUAA